AUGAACGAUGCGCCGGCCAUCACGAACGUGAUGCUCAGAGAUGAUGAGAGAGUUGAAGAGGUAGAAGUUGAAUUUGACAGGCCUCCUGAUGCGCUGCUCGAGACAGAGCUAGUUGUUGCAAGACUAGUAGAAGAGCCACUGGUGCUAGAUGUUCCUGAGAUGGUGUUUGAGGCUAAAGGCGUUGUGGCCGAAGUACUUGUAGACAAACUUGCCGUAGCAGUGCUGGAAGAUGAAGUGCUGCUAAGUGAGCUUGUAGGCGAGGUGCUCAAAGAAGUAGUACUGGAGGAGGAUAUUGAAGUAGUUCCAGUUGAUGAGGACGAGGAGGUGGAUGUUGUGGAAGAUGAAGUCAGCGAUGGAGCCGAUGUUGACGUUGAAGAUGUAGAGGAGAGAGAUGUCGAAAAUAUUGUCGAAGAUGUUGUCGAGGCAGACGUAGGCGAGGUAGAAAUCACGGAGGUGGUAUCAGUCGAGGACGAGGAAGACGAGGAUGAGGUUUGUGUUGAAGAAGUGUCGGAUGUUGACGAAAAGGUGGAAGAUGAGGUAGACGUGGUACUAGACGUGGAAGUGUCGGAUGAGCUUGAUGUGAUAGAGGUAGAUGAGGAUGAGGGCGAGGUUGUGGUGGUGGAUGCUGAUGAACUAGACGAGAAAGAGGUAGGGCCUGUUGAAGAUGAUGUUGAUGACGAUGAAGUCAAUGAAGUGGAUGAGGUAGUGACGUUGAAAAACGAAGUCGACGAUGAAGACGAUGAAGACGAUGAAGACGAUGAAGACGAUGAAGACGAUGAAGACGAUGAAGACGAGGUAGAAGUGGUAGAGGUUGUCGUGCCAGCAAACAAGCCGAUAGGCACCGCCCUCGUGCCAUAUACAGAGUAUAAGAGCUGGUUACCCGUGUUUCCACCACAGUUUGCAGGAGGAGAACCCGCGGGCGGAACCUCGCCGCAGAUGUAG